AUGGCGCCCCCACGCCGCCUCCUCGUCGCCGUCCUCCUCGCCGUGGCGGUUCCGCUCCUCUUCCUUUUCCCGGCAGAGGCGGGGACGGUGGGCGUGAACUACGGCCGCGUGGCGAACAACCUGCCGAACCCGGCGGCGGUGGUGCAGCUGCUGAAGCAGCAGGGCGUCGCGCAGGUGAAGCUGUACGACGCCGACCCCACCGUGCUGCGCGCGCUGGCCAACACCGGCAUCAAGGUGGUGGUGGCGCUGCCCAACGAGCAGCUCGCCGCGGCGGCGUCGCGCGCGUCCUACGCGCUUCUGUGGGUGCGCCGCAACGUGGGCGCCUACUACCCGGCCACGCAGAUCCACGGCAUCGCCGUGGGCAACGAGGUGUUCGCGUCGGCCAAGAACGUCACGGCGCAGCUCGUCCCUGCCAUGGCCAACGUGCACGCCGCGCUGGCUAGGCUCAACCUCGACAACGCCGUCAAGGUGUCGUCGCCCAUCGCGCUCACCGCGCUCGCGUCGUCGUAUCCGUCCUCGGCGGGCGCGUUCCGGGAGGACCUCGCGCAGGCCGUCAUGAAGCCCAUGCUCGACUUCCUGGCGCAGACCGGGUCGUACCUCAUGGUGAACGCCUACCCGUUCUUCGCCUACUCCGGCAAUGCCGGCGACAUCUCCCUCGACUACGCGCUGUUCCGCCCCAACGCCGGCGUGCUCGACCCCGGGAACGGACUCAAGUACUACAGCCUCCUCGACGCGCAGCUCGACGCCGUGUUCGCCGCGGUCAGCAAGCUCGGGAACUACAAUGGCGUGCGCGUGGUGGUCUCCGAGACAGGGUGGCCGUCCAAGGGCGACGCCAACGAGGCAGGCGCUUCGGCGGCCAACGCCGCAGCGUACAACGGGAACCUGGCGCGCCGCGUGCUCUCUGGGAACGCCGGCACCCCUCGCCGCCCCGACGCCGACAUCGACGUGUACCUCUUCGCGCUCUUCAACGAGAACCAGAAGCCCGGGCCAACCUCCGAGCGCAAUUACGGCGUCUUCUACCCGAACCAGCAGAAGGUGUACGACGUCGACUUCGUCCUCGGUGGCGGCGGCAGCCCUGCAGGCGGCGGCGGCAGCCAGGGCAACGGCGGCCUCGGUUGGCAGGAGAACGGCGGGCCCAGCAGCGGCAGCACCAGCGGCAAUCCGCCGAGCGGGGUGAAGGUGACGACCGGGGAGGCGUGGUGCGUGGCGAACGCGAUUGUCGGGGAGCAGCGGCUGCAGGCGGCGCUGGACUACGCGUGCGGCCCCGGCGGCGCGGACUGCAAGGCCAUCCAGCCCGGCGCGGCGUGCUUCGAGCCCAACACCAUGGUCGCGCACGCCUCCUACGCCUUCAACGACUACUACCAGCGCAAGGGCCGGUCUAUCGGGACCUGCGACUUCGCCGGCGCCGCCUACGUCGUCAACCAGGCACCGAUCAGUUAUGGCCGUGUUCAAGCCUGCAUUGGAUCCGAGCUGUUGUCACUGGGAUGGAGUUAUUAUUAUGGACCUGAUCACUUGUUCUGGUUCAGCCGUUCAGACCUUGUAGUAGCAGUAGUAGGAGCACAAGGGGCAAUAAUGACUGUAACGGGGCCUGUGCGGUUCGCAGAUCGAUGUGAUAUGACCCGUCCUCCUGUGUCUGCCGUCCUGGUUUCCUUCGUGGUGCCGCGUGCAUGUCUGGACGUCGCAGACCGCGUUGUGCCUGAUUGCCACUUCCAGGACCUUUUUGUCAGCUCCUACUGUACGAUUGUACCCUACUGCAUUUUCUUUAUACUCCACUCAUUACUGGACUGUACGUGCCUCACUGGACCAGUGGUCGUCUCGAGAGAAGUCCUCCCUCAUGUGCGCUUUGACAGGAGUGCGAUAAUCCGCUGUUAG